UCUGACUGUCCGGAGGCGUCGGGCAGCUGGCCAAGCCCAGCUGCUAUAAAAGGAAGCCAACACUCAGCCCUGCAUAUCCUCUGUCAACUCUGUUUUGUGGAGACCUGGUGGACAAAUCCUUGGGCACCAUGCUGACAGAUCUGGAGAACGCCAUCAACUCCCUCAUUGACGUCUACCACAAGUAUUCCCUGAUUAAAGGGAAUUACCAUGCCGUCUACAGGGAUGAUUUGAAGAAGUUGUUAGAGACAGAGUGCCCUCAGUACUUGAAGAAAAAGGAUGCAGACACGUGGUUCAAAGAGUUGGACAUCAAUGAGGAUGGUGCCGUUAACUUCGAGGAGUUCCUCAUCCUGGUGAUCAAGGUGGGCCUGUUGGCUCAUGAAGACAUCCACAAGGAGUAGCAGAGCUGUGGCCCCUGGGGCUGGCCCCUGGACUUGUCCCUGCAGAGCAAUAAAGUAAAUGAUACCUCA